UUGGCGGUGGAGGUGUUCCGCUUCAAGGACUCGCUGGCCCAGGACCUGGAGAGGGCCGACCUGGUCAUCAGCCACGCAGGUGCAGGCAGCUGUCUGGAGACUCUGGAAAAAGGAAAACCACUAAUAGUAGUAAUAAAUGAAAAGCUGAUGGACAACCAUCAACUGGAACUGGCAAAACAGCUCCACAGAGGUGGGCACGUCCUCUGCUGUAAUUGCAG